GACCGAUCGAAAAAUGACUAUCACUCUUACAAGUGAAGAAUUAGAGCUAUGCAAUUUUUUAACUCUAAUAACUCAACACCUAAAGGAAAGCUGUCCAGAGCUUCCUUUUGUUGAAUUAAGAAUAGCUGGCGGUUGGGUUCGCGAUAAACUACUCGGCUAUGAAUGUAACGAUUUAGAUAUCGCGAUAAAUUCAAUGAUGGGUUGUGAAUUUGGCGAACAUGUCAAUAAUUUUUUGAGACUUAAAGGACACGCUACUGAAAAUAUUCAUAAAAUUGAAUCAAAUCCUGAAAAAUCGAAACAUUUGGAAACCGCUACCACAAAAAUUUUUGGUUAUGAAAUUGACUUUGUUAAUUUGAGAAGUGAAGAAUAUGUAGAAGAUAGUAGAAUUCCCAACGCGUAUCGUAGAGAUAUAACAAUCAAUGCGUUGUUCUACAAUAUUCACACACGUCAAGUCGAAGACCCUACAAAAAAGGGUAUCCCUGAUUUAAAGCAAGGCCUUAUUCGAACACCUUUGGCGCCGUUUGAAACUUUCAAUGAUGAUCCACUUCGCGUGCUAAGGUGCAUACGAUUUGCAAGUAGAUUUAAUUUUUUAAUUGACGAAAGUAUUUUGAUCGCUGUUAAGGAUGAACGGAUUAAAAAAGUAAUUAAUACCAAAGUAAGUCGUGAAC